ACAGUGUCCAUCACUGUAUUGCAGUGCUACUCAACUUGUGAUUCUUGCUCUUUUGAAUAUUUCAAAAUGCCGCUCAGAAUUGGGUGUAGAGCUGAUGACAUUGAUAAACAUGAAUUCGAUGUGAAUUCUUUGCUCUUUCACAACGGAAAGCUAUACAGUGCAGCUGAUGAUGGAAAAAUCAAAAUGUGGACACCAGACUUGACUAAAAUCACUGAAGUACAGUCGAAUCCAUGUUCUGUUUAUUGUUUGGCAGCCAGUGAAAACACUUUAUUUUCUUGCUCCAACGAGGGUACAAUAAAAUCCUUUGAUUCAGACACUUUAGAGGAGAAGGGGGAAUUGAUCAGAGAUAGCCUGGCUGAGUUUUGGAGUUUGAGCUAUUCCAAUGGAGUACUGUAUUCUGGAGACAGUGAAGGAUAUAUAAAAUUCUGGAAAAAUGGAGAAGUUAUUGGAUCCCUUAGCAUUGGUGAACCUGUCAAAGACAUGGUUGUCUUCGAUAAUAAGAUUUUUUCAGUCAAAGAUUUAGAUCUAGUGAUUACCGAUCUUAGUACCAGUGCUGAAAAACAAGAAGGUUCGAAACAAUCUUUCAUGGGCAGAGCUCCGGUAACAACAGUGGGUAAAGAAUACUUUAGUUUCGUCAGUAGAGAAGGAACAGAUUUAUUCGUUCAUGAAAACAACAAUCAAUCGCAUUUCAGAGCUGUUACAAAAGUAAAGGGUGCACAUGAAAAGAUCAUCAACGCUCUGGCAGGCGCCAAAUGGAACGAGAAAAACAUAAUUUUCAGCGGUGGUUGGGACAAGCUGGUGAAAAAGUGGAUUAUUGAAAACAAUCGCUUGAAGUUGGAUUCGGCUUGUGACGUCGAAAUCGUGGUUAACAGCAUCGUAACGGGAGAAGAAGAAGAGAUUUAUGUCGCUGGAAGCGAUGGACAUAUUCUUCGUCUCGAAGAUGAAUGAAUAAUGGGGAGUCGGUUUUUUUUUUGUUCAUUUGAAGUUAUACACCACUAUUGCUGACAACUACUUCAUGAGACAGCCUGUAUAGUAGUGGAACGAAGUUUGGAAAUGGAAAUUUUGACAAACAUUUUUGUUGGUUUAGUUAUAUUAGUAUUUUGCCUUCACACAUUUUCAAUUGUUAUAUUCAUCAAACAGAAAAGGAAACAUACGCUUUUACUCGUUGAGUCGUACCUAUUUUACGCAGUUAUUACCUAUGCUUACUAUUUUGAUACAUGUUUUGAUACUUUUUUAAAGUUAUUUUUCUAUUACUAUCACAGAGUGCAGUUCAAUAGAUACAGUUGACUUCUUGUAGUUUUAGUAUAUGCCAUCUAGUUCUUAUAAAACUUAUAUUUUGAAUUAUUAAAAUAGAUGUGUUCCAUG